AUGUCCGCUCAGGAGCAGCAACAGGCGCAGCCCCCCCUGCCCGCCGCCGCCUCGGAGCCGGCGGAGCUGGAGGCGGCGAACAGAUACGAAGCGGUUGUUCCCCACUGGUUUUACUGCAAGGUCACGGACUCCAGGGAGCGAUGGAUCCCUUUCAGCACGCAGGACUCGGAGAGGCUGGAAGAGGCUCACGGCUCAGGGAGAGACAAAGAAGAUCUGGUUGUCCCAACAUCGGGGGGUAGGUAUGAUGUGCAUCUGAAGAAGAGGCAGCGUGUCGCAGUGUACUGGGAGGAGGAGGUAUCUGAAGUACGUCGCUGCACCUGGUUUUACAAGGGAGACAAGGACAAUAAGUAUAUCCCCUACUCGGAGACCUUCAGCAAAGAACUGGAGGAAGCUUACAUGAUUGCUGUGACCCUGGAUGAGUGGAAGAAGAAACUGGAGUCCCCUAGCAGGGAAAUCAUUAUCUUGCACAACCCAAAGCUGAUGGUGCACUACCAUCCGGUUGCCACCUCCGAUGACUGGGGCUCAACUCCUACGGAACAAGGUCGACCUCGGACUGUGAAGAGAGGAGUAGAAAACAUCGCUGCCGAGAUCCCCAAUGGAGAGCCGCUGCAAAUUGAUCACCUGGUUUUCGUGGUGCACGGGAUCGGCCCAGCGUGCGACAUUCGGUUCAGGAGCAUCAUCCAGUGCGUGAAUGACUUCAGGAACGUUUCCCUGAGCAUGCUGCAAGCGCACUUCAAGAAAGCCCAGGAGCAGCAGCAGAUCGGCCGGGUGGAGUUCCUACCUGUGAACUGGCACAGCUCCCUCCACUCCACCGGCGUGGACGUUGACCUGGAGCGAAUCACUUUGCCGAGCAUCAAUCGCCUUCGUCACUUCAUCAAUGACACCAUCCUAGACGUUUUCUUUUACAACAGCUCCACCUAUUGCCAGACCAUCGUGGACACGGUGGCGUCCGAAAUGAACCGCCUGUACCAGCUCUUCCUGCAGAGGAACCCGCUCUUCAAAGGGGGGGUCUCCAUUGCGGGGCACAGCUUGGGGUCGCUCAUUCUGUUUGACCUCCUGACGAACCAGAAGGCUGCUCCCGAAGAGGACGAGCACAGUGAAGAGGGGUCCAGGACAACCUCAAGCAACAGGGGUAUUGAGGAAGUAAAAGAAAUCCUGAAGAAGCUGGAGCUGUCCGAAUAUUGUGAUGUUUUUGAGAAGGAGAAAAUGGACAGGCAAGCACUGUUCUUGUGCACAGAGAAAAACCUUAAGGAAAUGGGAAUUCCCUUAGGACCAAGAAUGAAGAUACUUCAUUACAUCAGCUCCAAGACGGAGAUGCAGGACCAGAGCGCAGCAGCUCCCGGGCACAGCGGGGAGUGCAGAGCGGAGCCUGGGUCCCCACUUCAGCAUGACCCGGUCAGCACAGAUGAUGGCAGGAAUUGCCAAUACCGGGAUGUUGGCUUAGGACAGGUGUCGGCAAAUUAUCCUCAGCUAAACUACAAGCCCACCAUCUUCUUCGCUUUUGGGUCUCCCAUCGGGAUGUUUCUCACGGUGCGAGGAGUGAAGCGGAUCAACCCGAACUACAGCCUGCCCACCUGCAAAGGCUUCUUCAACAUCUUCCACCCUUUUGACCCAGUGGCGUACAGGAUUGAGCCCAUGAUCGUCCCCGAUCUGGAGUUUGAGCCCAUGCUGCUGCCUCACCACAAAGGCAGGAAGAGAAUGCACCUAGAGCUGAAAGAAGGGCUGACUCGCAUGAGCGUGGACCUGAAAAACAACUUGCUGGGGUCCCUGCGGGUAGCCUGGCAGUCCUUCACUCGAGCCCCCCUGCCAGCCGUGGAGGCGGCGAGUACCGACGCUGAAGCGGAGGCAGAGGCUGGCGUGGAGAAGCAGCCAGACACAAAGCCAGAAGAGACCCCCACAGCAGUGAAGGAAGAGGCCUCCCUCGUUAAUGUGGGGAGGCUGAACGGAGGGAAUCGCAUAGACUACGUGCUGCAGGAGAAGCCAAUAGAGAGCUUUAAUGAGUAUUUAUUUGCGCUACAAGGGCAUCUCUGCUAUUGGGAGUCAGAAGACACCGUUCUGCUGGUUCUGAAGGAGAUCUACCAGACACAAGGUAUUACACUGGAUCAGCCUUUGCCAGGAAGCCAAUGACCAACCCGUGCUGUUCUGGCCACUUGAGAUCCAAUUCAACCGAGUACUCACCAGGAAAGUCCAGAUUUCUUCUCUGCCUUCCUCUCUCCUCUGCUGCUGUGUCCCCCGCAUGCUGCUUCCCAAGUACUUGCUGCUACCUGGAGAUAAGGAUCAUUUUCCUCCAUUUUGGGUAGGGGCGGGGGAAAAAAUAUCAAGGGAAAACACUUCCACUCAAGCACACACAGCACUUGCACGGUGACUCCCUGUGGCAACAUGUACUUUUAACCCUCCACCUUGUAAGUUAUCACACUAGCUCCUCUAGCACCGAAGCAGACUAGCUGUCUGGGCUAGGAACUGACAUCGAGGGCCUGACUCUGCUCCUGCCAUAGUGAGGAAACUCGCAGCUUGUGACCUUGAGGAAUAAAAGCCUUAAACACGUAGCGUGGAGAGAGCUAUAGCAGCCUUGUCGAGCGAAGGAGAUUGCCGACUUCUCCCUGCCGUAACACAGAGCACCAGGCGCGAGGACUGCGGUCUUUGGGAGGUGGAGCCCAGGGCCACAGGCGUCUGCUGU